ACACACACACCCAUCUCUCCAUUGUCUCUUUAGCAGAUCAAGUUCUGUCUCGGCUCUACACAGAUUCUUCCGCGGUUUUUCAAUUAUUUGAAAGUCUCUUUUUUUUUUUACUCUUCACCUCUCUUCUUUUUUUAACACCAGAACCAUAACAACGGUUAAAUAAAUAAAAAAUUGUAAUUUGCCUCCGAGCUCUAUAAAUCCCGUGAAAAAAGUGGCAGAGGUUGAGGUGCGUUUCAUCGAUUGUGAUGCAGAGACGAGGUAUAUCGUCGGAAUUUCUUUUACCGGGGUUUAUUAGAUCGGAUACUCAUCGGAGACGGCGGCGUUGAUAAGGGUUUUUUACGACGCGAAGAAGCUUCUCGAAUCUUCUUCCUUCGGUGUCGUUUGUCUUCUUCAACCAAUCUCCGAUUCCUUUCUCAGGUGUGAACAGUACAUUUAGUUUUUGUUUGGUGGUGAUCUGAUCUUGGUUGGAUGUGAAAUGCAAAGAUCACGGAGAGCUCUUCUGGUUAGAAGAAGAGUUUCUGAGACUACUUCUAAUGGAAGGACUCGUUUCUACAAAGUUUCUUUGUCUCUUGUUUUUCUCAUAUGGGGACUUGUCUUCUUAUCUACAUUGUGGAUCAGUCAUGUUGAUGGUGACAAAGGUAGGUCUUUAGUGGAUUCAGUUGAAAAAGGUGAACCAGAUGAUGAUAAGGCAGAUGAGACAGCUGAGUCUGUUGAUGCCCCAUCACUAGAGUAUGCCUCUGUUCAUUUGAGUCCCGAUGUUAAUAUAGCCACAGCCGAAGAAAUCAAAAGCUCAGUAACCAUUUUGAAGCAAAGAAAAGUCGACAACACAACUGUUAUCGCAAGAAACGUUACAGAAAGCAAAGGCAAUGAGUUUGUGAAGCAAAGUGAGAGUGGUAAUUAUACAGGUCCAGGGAAUGAUACUGAGACGAGUGCUUCGAAGCUUGAUCAGCUAUCUCGUGCUGUCCCGCUUGGCCUUGAUGAGUUCAAGAGCAGAGCAUCCAAUUCUAGAGACAAAGCUUUGUCCGGCCAAGUCAGCGGUGUGAUUCACAGGAUGGAACCUGGUGGCAAAGAAUACAACUAUGCAGCUGCUUCAAAAGGUGCAAAGGUCUUAUCUUCUAACAAAGAAGCAAAAGGAGCUUCAAGCAUCAUAAGCCGGGACAAAGACAAGUAUCUCCGAAACCCGUGUUCUACCGAGGAGAAAUUCGUUGUCAUAGAACUUUCAGAAGAAACGUUGGUGAACACAAUCAAGAUUGCAAAUUUCGAGCAUUACUCUUCCAAUCUCAAGGAUUUUGAGAUCCUUGGCACCUUGGUUUAUCCUACUGAUACCUGGGUUCAUCUAGGGAACUUCACGGCUUUAAACAUGAAGCACGAGCAGAACUUUACACUCGCGGAUCCUCAAUGGGUGAGAUAUCUAAAGCUAAACUUCCUAAGCCACUACGGUUCAGAAUUCUACUGCACCUUGAGUUUACUAGAAGUCUACGGAGUGGAUGCUGUGGAGCGAAUGCUGGAGGAUUUGAUAUCUAUCCAAGACAAAAACAUACUGAGACCCCAAGAAGGAGACACUGAGCAGAAAGAGAAGAAGCCAGUACAAGCAACAGAGUCCUCUGAAAGCAAUGAAGACAGGACUAAACAGAAGGAGAAGGAACAAGAAACCUCACCAGAGGUUGUUGUUGUGAAAGCUGAAGUAUUAACUGAGAGAAAAAAGCUGCCAGAUCCGGUGGAAGAGAUAAAACAUCAACCAGGAAGCAGAAUGCCAGGGGACACAGUCCUGAAGAUAUUGAUGCAGAAAAUACGGUCACUGGACGUGAGCUUAUCCGUGCUUGAGAGUUACUUGGAGGAGCGGAGCUCGAGUUAUGGGAAGAUAUUCAAGGAGAUGGACCUUGAGGCGAGCAAGAGAGAGAAGGAGGUGGAGACUAUGAGACUGGAGGUAGGAGGAAUGAAGGAGAGGGAAGAGAGUACGAAGAAGGAAGCGAUGGAGAUGAGAGAGUGGCGGAGGAGAGUGGAGACAGAGCUUGAGAAGGCAGAGAAUGAGAAGGAGAAAGUGAAUGAGAGGUUAGAGCAAGUAUUGGAAAGAAUGGAGUGGAUGGAGAAGAAAGGUGUGGUUGUGUUCACAAUCUGUGUCGGGUUUGGGGCUAUAGCAGUUGUAGCCGUGGUGCUCGGUAAGGGGAUAUGUCGAGCAGAGACGCCAGGUGGCUUGGCUUGGCUUCUGUUAUUGAUAAGCUCAACAUUCAUUAUGUUCAUUUUGUCCCUAUGAUGAGAGAAGAGUUCUCAAUUUUGGUCUUUCUUUUUGCUUUCUAGUAUUACUGUAGAGUUAGUAUGAGUCUUUAUACCCCAAUAAAACAAUGUAGAAGAUAUCUUUAUGCUGUGUCCAUAAGAUUUAAUACAAGAGUUUUGUUCGAUUCAA